CAGCGUGGCUGAAAUAGAGCAAGGGCAAAAUAGACUUUUCAAACCUCUGUUAGUCUCCGUUAGUGCUGAUUCCAUCCAAAGUGGCUCACAGGUAAACGAAAGUUUGUGUCAUGGCAUACAGGUAACUCAAAACUUUUUCGUGGCACACACGUAAGCUCCAACUUUUUUAAUGGCAUAGGGGUAAAAGACUCGUAUUAAGAACCACUACUGCACAAGCUGGGUUCUUUGGUGGUUAAGUAUACAUCUGUCCCUUCUUGGCUGGUACAGUGAACCCCCAACUUCAUUUCACCUGCCACAUGAAUCCUGAAAUGUAGCGUUGAUAUGAUACAGAAAGCUAGUCACCUGCAACUUACAAAUUUCUAAAUCUUCUGCAACUUACAAAUUUCUGAAUCUUCUCCAAUCUGCAUGCACACUUGAACACUAUGUAAGGGUGAAGUUAGCUCCAUCUCCACAAGUUCAGGCACAACUGCAAAGUGCAAGGUCAGGUCAGCUCAUCAUCAAUGGAUUGGCCAGCUUCAGCUUCCACUUGCAUCGCCAUCCUUCUCUUCGUUUUCUUGAUUUCAUGGCCGUCACUGUGCGCCUCCGACGACCGGCUUGCCAUCGGCAAGACGCUGUCUCCCGGCGCAACCCUCGUCUCCGACGGCGGCGCCUUCGCCAUGGGCUUCUUCUCGCCGUCGUCCAACUCCACUAAUGCUACCUCGUCGGGACUUUACCUCGGAAUAUGGUACAACAACAUCCCCAAGCUCACCGUCGUGUGGGUCGCCGACCAGGCGGCGCCCAUCGCCGACCAUCCUUCCUCCCCGGCCUCCACGCUAGCCGUUGCCAGCGACGGCAACCUGGUCUUGUCCGAUGGCGCCACCGGCCGCGUCCUUUGGAGGACUAACGUCACCGCCGGCGUGAACUCGUCGGCGUCAUCGGGAGGAGGAGUCGGUGCUGUGGCGGUGCUCGCCAACUCCGGCAACCUCGUGCUCCGGCUGCCGGACGGCACCGCCUUGUGGGAGACGUUCGAGAACCCCGGCAACGCGUUCCUGCCCGGCAUGAAGAUCGGCGUCACCUACCGGACGCGCGGCGGCGUGCGACUGGUCUCAUGGAAGGGCGCCACCGACCCGUCGCCGGGGAACUUCUCCUUCGGCGGCGACCCGGACCGGCCGCUGCAGGUGGUCAUCUGGAAAGGCUCGCGCGUUUACUGGCGCUCCAACCCAUGGAAGGGCUACAUGGUGGUGGACAGCAACUACCAGAAGGGCGGCAGGUCGGCGAUCUACACCGCCGUCGUCUCCACCGACGAGGAGAUCUACGCCGCGUUCACACUGUCCGACGGCGCGCCGCCGAUGCAGUACACGCUGGGCUACGCCGGCGACCUCCGCCUGCAGAGCUGGAGCACCGAGACGUCGUCGUGGGCCACGCUCGCCGAGUACCCCACCCGCGCGUGCAGCGCGUUCGGCUCAUGCGGCCCGUUCGGCUACUGCGGCGACGUCACGGCCACCGCCUCGACGUGCUACUGCCUCCCGGGGUUCGAGCCGGCGAGCGCCGCCGGCUGGAGCCGCGGCGACUUCACGCUGGGGUGCCGGCGGAGGGAGGCGGUGCGGUGCGGCGACGGGUUCGUGGCGGUGGCGAACCUGAAGCUGCCCGACUGGUACCUGCACGUGGGCAACCGGAGCUACGAGGAGUGCGCGGCGGAGUGCCGCCGGAACUGCUCCUGCGUGGCGUACGCCUACGCCAACCUCACCGGGAGCUCCACGAGGGAUGCGACGAGGUGUUUGGUUUGGGGCGGCGACUUGGUGGACAUGGAGAAGGUGGUCGGGACAUGGGGUGACUUCGGUGAGACGCUCUACCUCCGGCUUGCAGGUGCAGGUAGGAAGCCAAGGACUAGUGCACUGAGAUUUGCACUUCCAAUAGUUUUAGCAAGUGUUCUUAUACCCAUAUGCAUUUUAAUAUGUGCUCCCAAGAUCAAAGAAAUUAUCAAGAAAAAAUAUGGGGAGAAUAACAAGAGGCGGGCCUUGCGAGUUUUGAGCAUUUCUGAUGAUCUUGGGCAGGAAAUCCCAGCCAAAGAUCUUGAGUUUCCAUUUGUUGAAUAUGACAAGAUCCUAGUUGCAACAGACAACUUUUCUGAAGCAUCUUUGAUUGGAAAAGGAGGUUUUGGCAAAGUUUACAAGGGAGUGUUAGAUGGCCGGGAAGUUGCAGUCAAAAGACUUAGCAGUUGGUCUGAACAAGGAAUAGUGGAGUUCAGAAAUGAGGUGGUCCUAAUUGCCAAACUACAGCACAGAAACCUUGUUCGACUUGUCGGUUGCAGCAUCGAAGGAGAUGAAAAGUUGCUGAUUUAUGAGUAUAUGCCCAACAAGAGCUUAGAUGCUUCUCUUUUCAAGGGUAAAAGAAAAUCAGUGUUGGACUGGUCCACACGGUUCAAGAUCGUCAAAGGGGUUGCCCGAGGACUUCUUUACCUCCAUCAAGAUUCAAGAUUAACAAUUAUCCAUAGAGAUCUUAAGGCAAGCAACAUUUUGUUGGAUGCAGAGAUGAACCCAAAGAUAUCGGAUUUUGGUAUGGCAAGGAUUUUCGGCAACAACCAGCAAAAGGAAGUCACUAAACGAGUUGUUGGAACAUAUGGCUAUAUGGCUCCUGAAUAUGCUAUGGGAGGUAUCUUUUCAAUGAAGUCCGAUGUCUACAGCUUCGGCGUUUUACUUCUAGAGAUAGUAAGCGGUUCUAAGAUAAGCUCUAUUGAUCUCAUUGAGGACUCCCCAAAUCUUCCAGUCUAUGCAUGGAAUCUAUGGAAUGAAGGGAAGGCAGACAUUAUGAUAGACUCAACUAUCACUGCAAACUGCUUAUUGGAUGAAGUCAUUCUCUGCAUCCAUGUGGCCCUCCUGUGUGUUCAGGAGAAUCUCAAUGACAGGCCACUCAUGUCAGAUGUUGUGCUCAUCUUGGAGAAAGGAAGCAAGUCACUCCCAGCUCCAAAUAGACCGGCUUAUUUUGCACAAAGGAACAACAAUGAAGUAGAGCAAGUAAGAAAUGGUAGCCAGGGCGCUCAGAAUUCUAACAACAACAUGACUCUCACAGAUCUAGAGGGACGAUGAGAACACUGUUGUUUGUUAAGAGUGAUAUUAUAAGGCUUAAGGUGAUCAACUCAACUAGAUGGGCUCUAAACCUACCCAAGAAAAUUUGAUAGGGAAAGGUGUUUUGGUUAUAUCUUAAUGUGAAAGAAUGGCAAGAAUGUUUAGCAUGAAAAAGGAUGAUAAGAAAUUGAUGUCGUUACUCAUUUAUCCUUAACAUUCAUUAAUUAAUCCUCUUCUUUUUCGCAUGCCUCAGCUUUAAGAAAGAGAUAUGGUCGAUAUUUUUGCAAACACUAGUACUCCCUCCAGGCUGAUAAUACUUGUCGUUUUAGACAAGGGUGAGGUCAAACUUUAGAAUAUUUGAUUAUGAAUCAUUUUUAAAAUAUUUGUCAUUCAAAUAUGGUGAUUACGUGUAUAGAUUAGCCUUAAAAAGUACUUUAAUAAAAUCGUAUAUUUGUUAACACUUUUAUACAUAUUAUAAUGGAAAAUAAUAGUCAAAGUUGUAUUUUGAAAACCGUGCUCUUGUCUAAAACGACGAGUAUUAUCAACCCGGAGGGAGUAGUAGCUUUUAUAGCUGGGGGGUAAUUUCAUAAACUUUAU